AAGAAGAGUCGAAGACGCGUGAGAACUGUGACUUGAUCGCCCGACGUCACAGGAAAGAGCACCAUCUCUGUAAUGGAGGUCAAUAAGGGUAAAGGGGAGCCGGGGUUGCAGAAUCCUCUCGGACAGAUGGACAAACCUGUUAACUUGCAUGCCGUGGAAAGCCUUCCCAAAGCAGUGACAAGGCGAGUGCAUGCCUUGAAAAGGCUUCAGGUGCAGUGUGGCAACAUCGAAGCCAAGUUUUACGAAGAGGUCCAUGAACUGGAGAGGAAGUAUGCUACCCUCUAUCGGCCGUUGUAUGAAAAGCGGAGAGAGAUUGUCACGGGCACAGUGGAACCCACAGAUGCAGAGUGUGAGUGGAACAGUGACAAAGAUGAAGAGGAAGAGCUAUCUGAGCAGAUGAAGAAGAAAAUAGCUAUUGACUCUGCUAAAAAGGAUGAUGCUGUACCAAUGGAAGACCCAAAAGGCAUCCCGGACUUCUGGCUCACUAUAUUCAGGAACGCAGACAUGCUCUCUGAUCUGAUCCAAGAACAUGACGAGCCAAUCCUGAAGCACCUGAAAGAUAUUCAAGUCAAGUUUUCCGAACCGGGACAGUCCAUGAGUUUCACUCUGGAGUUCCACUUUGAGCCCAACAGUUACUUCAAUAAUGCUGUCCUUACUAAAGUCUACAAAAUGAAGUCUGAGCCUGAUGCUACAGAGCCUUUCUCUUUUGAGGGCCCAGAGAUCGUCGACUGUGCCGGCUGUCCGAUAGAUUGGCACAAAGGGAAGGAUGUGACUGUGAAAAUGAUCAAGAAAAAGCAGAAGCACAAAGGUCGUGGCACAGUCCGCACAGUCACCAAACAGGUCUACAACCCCUCCUUUUUCAACUUCUUCAACCCCGUCAAAGCGUCACCAGAUGGUGGUGAAAUGGACGAGGACUCUGAGCUAACUUUUGACUUUGAGAUCGGUCAUUUCUUCCGUGAGAGAAUAAUUCCCAGAGCAGUGCUGUAUUUCACAGGAGAGGCAAUGGAAGAUGACAGUUUUGAUGAGGAACUAGAAGAAGACGAUGAGGAGCAGGAUGAUGAUGAUGACGACGACGAUGAUGAUGAUGAUGAUGAUGAUGGAGACUUUGACCCGAGGCUGCAAGUGGUGGUGUCCAUAUGUAACCAAUCGACCAUCUCAGUGCAGUGCCGCUAUUUGGCCUAAUCAAUCAUGCAUUUCUAGAAAGAAGCACCCGCCCAACCUGCUGAAUGCAAGCAGCAGUAACCACGGUGACUGGUGGACAAGGAGACCUGCUAUCCUUCAAUUCAGCCAAUCAGCCAGUCCUCUUCUUGCAGCCCACUUCUAUGAAUGGUCAUCCGAACGCAAUAGAUACAAACCAAACAGCAAGUGCAUGACUUUGUUUUAGGGUUUUUUGUUUUGUUUUGUUGUUUUUGCUCACAUCGCCUUUUGCUUGGCAUCUUUCUCGCUCCAAACAGGGACGUAGCCUGGCAAUUUUCAUCUUUUGCUAAAGUGGAAUUUAGUGCAUUACUGCCAAGAAUCUCAGCUUGUCAUAGAAAAAAUAAAACUUAAAGGACUCAUAAAAUUAAGUUGCUAUGGAUCUGUUACUCAGGGUUUUUUAACAUCAACACGAUAGCUGUUAUAUCACCAGGGAACUGCAGAGUAAAGUCAAUUUUGGCUGGGGGGGGGGUUUCUCUCUCAAUGUAUAACAUUUAGUUUUGUUUCAUACUUGUGCUUGUCGUUGAAUUAUUUAUUCUGGUGUCAUGCAGCAGUGUAGUGAUGCUUUUCAGGAAGCCACAUUGGUGGAGGCUAUCAUCCAAUUGAUUCAAAACUGCCAUGUUCCAAUUUUGAACGUUUAAUCGUGGGAAAGUGUUUUGACGCGAUGCUGCGUUCAGAUGCCAAUUUAAACAAGCAUUUAACAGAAUGUUAGCACUUCCUGUGCCCUACUAAAGCUCUUUCUGCAUUUGCUCACGAUCAGUCCAGUCAGUAUAUCACCGCACAAGGACAGACUGAAGCCAACUCUGACCUUUCAAAUCUGUGACAGCAUGCAGGUUGUUUGGCUGUUUUCUGCUCUAACAAGCCCAAUUGAAUGUUUUCUUCAAUUGUGUCCCCACUUGUACAUUGUACUCAGCAUUUAAAGCUUUUGUUAUUGUAUAUGGGUUUGUUUUUGAAUCAUUUGUUGAAAACAUAAUGCCAAUGUUUUUUCUACUGCCCUUUAGAUUCAAUUUGUUUAGUUUGGAUGCCUCUGUUGGCAGGUCAUCAGAAGCAAUAAAGCAAUUGCCUGCUUCUCUUGAUUGUAUUGAGCUGGUCACUUGCGUCUGAGCUGUGGUUGUUGUCCUGAAAUGUAUCACACGGGGUCCUGUGCUAACAAAUGGCCUUAACUUGUUAACUUGGCUUAUUCUCUUCAAUUUGUACAGAGUUAAAAUAUUCUAUUAAAGUUGUGCACCAAUGAAA